AUGAGCCACCAAUUCGUCCUUUGUCUGAGAGACGUCCAAACACCAGACCCGGAGGGAGGGCUGCGAGGCCAACAAAGACGGGGAGGAGGAGGAGGAGGAGGAAGGGGUAGGGGAAGUGGAGCAGGAGAAGGAGGAGAAGGAGAUAAGAAGAGGAGAAAGACGAAGAGAAGAGAAGAAGAGAAGAAGAGGAGAGGAGGAGGAGGAGGUAAAAGAAGAGGAGGAGGAGCCGGGGAGGAGGAAGCCGAAGAUAAUGAUGAUGAUGAUACUGAUGAAAAUAGUGAUGAUUGUAAUGGAGAAAAUUAUGAUAAUAAUAAUGUCGAAGAUGAUGGUUAUGAUGAAGCUAAUUAUGAUGAUAUUAAUGAUGAAAAUAAUGUAGAUGAAGAUGAUGCUGACAAUGAUGAUAAUAAUGAUGAAGAUGAUGAUGAUGAUAAUGAAGAUAAUGAUGUUCAUCAUGAUAAAGACGAAGACGAGGAUGAUGAUGAUGAUGAUGAUGAAGGACCUGGAGUUUGGAUAAUGAUGACGGAGGACCCUAAGACGGAUAAUGAACCCAAUAGACUGAAACGUGGAAGGGACAGAAAGCGAUAA